AUGCAGAGUGAGACUGCGAAACUUCUUCGAAUGGCUUCACUUAUAUUAUGGGAUGAAGUCUCUAUGACAAAAAGGCAAGCAAUUGAGGCACUUGAUAAGAGCCUGAGAGACAUCAUGGAAAAGCCCGAUCUACCAUUUGGAGGAAAGACGAUAGUUUUUGGAGGAGACUUCGGGCAAGUCCUUCCAGUUGUGCGAAAGGGGACAAGAGCACAAAUAAUAAAUGCAACAUUACGCAGAUCUUACCUAUGGAAAAACAUGCAAAAGCCGAGGCUUGUUCGUAAUAUGAGGGCUCAAUCAGAUCCAUGGUUUUCUAACUACCUACUACGUAUCGGGAAUGGCACUGAAGAAACCGUGAAAGAUGACAAUGUAAAGGUACCCAACGAGAUAUGUGUGCCUUACACUGGUGCAGAAUCUGACAUUGAUAAUCUUAUUGAUACAGUCUUUCCUAUGUUAGCAACACACAUGUCCAAUUCAGACUACAUCACAUCUCGCGCUAUUUUGAUAACAAGAAAUGAGAACGUCGAUGACAUAAAUAUGAGGCUUAUCGAACGCUUUCCUGGUGAUGAGAUGGUCUAUCACAGCUAUGACCUUGCAGUUGAUGAUCCUAACAACUACUACCCUCCCGAAUUCUUAAAUUCUCUAACCCCAAAUGGACUACCACCGCACAUCCUUAAGCUAAAGGUCAAUUGCCCAGUGAUUUUGCUCAGAAAUCUAGAUCCAGCUAAUGGUUUGUGUAAUGGGACAAGGUUGAUAGUCCGAGCAUUUCAAAGGAACACUGUCGAUGCAAAAAUUGUGCUAGGCCAACAUGCUGGAAAAAGAGUAUUCCUACCAAGGAUACCUUUGUGCCCAUCUGAUGACGAAAUAUUCCCCUUUAAGUUUAAGAGGAAUCAAUUUCCUAUCAGAGUGAGCUUCGCGAUGAACAUCAACAAAACACAAGGACAAACGAUCCCACAUGUUGAAAUCUAUCUACCUAAUCCAGUUUUCUCCCAUGGUCAGCUCUAUGUCGCACUAUCGCGAGCAACUGCUAGGAGAAAUAUCAAAAUACUUGCUGCAUCGGGAAAUGAUGCUACCGUAGAUUCAACCUACACACUAACUAAGAAUAUUGUCUACAAAGAAGUCCUUACCUCGUAA